UUAUAUUCCGAUCGUGUUUUCUGACGUACGUACGUGCACCUCAUAGAACCGACAAAUCAAGAUAAAAUUACUAUUUUCAUAUUGAGUAAACAAGUGGAUUGUACAUCAAAUUUUUCGACUUUAGUAUCGGGUAAAAUGUUAUCAGGCCACGCGUUCAGUUCGCUACUGUUCAUAUCGAGCUUGUCAUAUGUUUGCCAAUCGGCGAGAAUCCUGGGCAUCUUCCCCACACCGGGGAGAAGCCAUUACAUCCUGGAAAGCACCCUGAUGACCGCCCUGGUCGAAGCAGGCCAUGACGUCACCAUAGUAACUCCCUUUUACGAAGACUAUCAGACUAACGGUACUGGAACAUAUCGGCAAAUUGUGUUGACGGGUGUGGCUGAACAGCAAAAAGAGCGUAGGAAGGCGAUAAACCUGUUCCAGCACUCGAAAGUCAACCCUUUCCUGGCCAUUUAUAUAAUGAACCGUGUGGGAUUGUCCCAGACCGAGAGCACCUUGAAACAUGCCAAUUUCCAGCGGUUGAUUCACUCCGGGGAGAAGUUUGACGCAGUUAUCGUGGGGCAGUUUAUGAAUGACGCCUUAAAGGCUAUGGCGCAUCAUUUCGGCGCACACCUUAUCUUGUUUAGUUCUGUGGGAACCAGCACUUGGGUAAACCACUUGGUAGGGAAUCCCUCUAUACCCUCCUACACCCCCGAAAUGAUCCUGAGCUACCCUGCUAAAAUGACUUACUUCCAAAGGAUGAAGAACACUUUGGUGAAUUUCGUGUAUAAUAUCAAUCAGCACUUCAUAUUCUACCCAAAGCAGUCGGCGUUAUUAAAAAAAUACUUACCAAACCCCAUAGGGCUAAAUGAGGCUUUAUUCAACGUCUCCUUGGUGCUAAUGAACACCCAUGAAAGUAUCGCAUUUCCCACUUCAACGGUUCCUUGCAUGAGACAAAUUGGUGGUUUCCACGUCAAGGAACCCAAAGAGCUCCCUCUGGACCUAAGGAACUUCCUGGAUGAAGCUGAGGAGGGCGUGGUGUACUUCAGCUUAGGAUCCAAUGUGAACAGCAACCACUUACCGUUGGAAAAGAAGUUGGCCAUAGCCGAGGCCUUUUCCGACAUCAAAGAGAGGGUUUUAUGGAAAUUCGAGGACACCAGUUUCGCCAAGAACCUCCCGAAGAAUGUCAAAGUGAGCCAGUGGUUUCCACAGCAGGAUAUCCUAGCCCAUAAGAACAUGAAACUCUUUAUAACCCAUGCCGGGUAUGCCAGUACCAUAGAGACGGUACACCGUGGUGUUCCCAUUAUAGCCGUACCAAUAUUCGGAGACCAAAGUAUGAACGCCGUUUAUGCGGAAACCAAGGGUUUCGGUAAGGUACUACCUUGGCAAGAUAUUACCAAGGACACCCUGGUGGGUAUGAUAAGGGAGGUUAUUGACAACCCUAAGUACAAAGAGGCUGCCAAAAGGAAAUCCGCCCUACUAAGGGACCGUGAGGUUCACCCUUUGAAGUCCGCCGUCUACUGGAUAGAAUAUGUCCUGAAGCAUAAUGGGGCGCACCACCUAAGGGUGGCCUCCCUAGAUCUCACUUGGUACCAAUAUUAUUUACUGGAUGUAUAUUUGCCCUUAUUUUUGGGGUUGUAUAUUUUAUGGUGUCUGUGUAAGAGGGUGAAGUCCCUUAUAAGAAGGAGUGAGAAAGUAAAGGUUUCGUAAGAUA